GCGCUGAUCUCAUGCCCCGCGCGGCCCCACAGCUUUGGGACCGGCCCCGGCUCUUGGGAUCGCCUUUGGGAUCGGCCCCGGCGCUCCGGGACCGGCCCCGGCGUUUGGGAUCGCCUUUGGGAUCCGCUUUAGGAUCCCCCCCGCAGCUUUAGGAGCGGCCGCGGGAUCGGCCCCAGGUCCCCGCGGCCAUGACGCCGUACCGGCAGGAGCUGGAGAAGUACCGCGACAUCGACGAGGACAAGAUCCUGCAGGAGCUGUCCCCGGAGGAGCUGGCCCAGCUGGACGCCGAGCUGGCCGAGAUGGACCCCGAGAACGUGCUGCUGCCCGCGGGGCUGCGCCAGCGCGACCAGACCCACAAGAGCCCCACGGGGCCCCUGGACCGGGACGCGCUCCUGCAGCACCUGGAGCGGCAGGCGCUGGAGGCCGAGGAGCGCCAGGACCUCGUGCCCUUCACCGGCGAGAAAAAAGGGAAGCCGUUUGUCCCCAAGGCGGCGGGGCCGGCGCUGCCGCGGGAGGAGCAGGUGACGCUGGAGCCGGAGCUGGAGGAGGCGCUGGCCAACGCCACCGAGGCCGAGAUGUGCGACAUCGCCGCCAUCCUGGGCAUGUACACGCUGAUGAGUAACAAGCAGUACUACGAUGCCAUCUGCAGCGGGAACAUCUGCAACACCGAGGGCAUCAACAGCGUGGUGCAGCCGGACCGGUACCGGCCGGUGCCGGACGAGCCCCCGAACCCCACGGACGUGGCCGAGACGCUGCGGCGGCUGCAGGACAACGACCCCGCGCUGCAGGACGUCAACCUCAACAACAUCAAGGACAUCCCCGUGGCCACGCUCGAGGCCAUCUGCGAGGCCAUCAAGACCAACACCCACGUGCGCAGCCUCAGCCUGGUGGCCACGCGCAGCAAUGACCUGGUGGCCAACGCGGUGGCCGAGAUGCUGGAGCAGAACCAGAGCCUGCAGAGCCUCAACCUCGAGUCCAACUUCAUCACCAGCGCGGGCAUGCUGCGGCUGCUGGCGGCCAUCGGCCACUGCCGGACACUGAGCGAGAUCCGCGUGGACAACCAGUGCCAGCGCCUGGGGGACACGGUGGAGAUGGCCAUGGCAGCCACCCUGGAGCAGUGCCCGUCCCUGCUGCGCUUCGGCUACACCUUCACCCAGCAGGGCCCGCGGGCGCGCGCCGCCGCCGCCCUCACCCGCAACAGCGAGCUCCGUCGCCAACAGAAGAAAUCCUAAAAAUUCCCCCGUGCCCGCCCCGAGCUCAGGAACCGCUGGGAAUAAAGUGGAAAAAUGGUGGGAAAACGGUCCCAAAAAAUUCCCGCUUUAUUCCCGGGGCUCUGGGGACACUUGGGGACGUUUGGGGACAGCUGGGAACACUUGGGGAUGUCAGGCCGGUGGCAGCGGUGGCGGCUCC